GCCAAAUUGUAAUACGUGGUUUGAUUAUAAGACACUAUGUACAUUAAGCGCAUUACAAAAUUUCAUUUUUAUAUUGGUAAUUUCAAAUUCGAUCUUAAGACCAAAUAAAACUCAAGUACUAAGGUCUCUUACGUUAGUGUCAGCAAAUCUCCCGUAAUCUCACUUUUACGAGCCAGAGACAGUUAAGUAGUUAACAGCCACCAUUUGGCGCCAUAUUCUCAGGGAAAUUCAGUUAAGAAUUCUACUUUUAGAUCCAAAACUCACAGGCACACACACUUCUCCCUCUGAAUUAGGCUUGAGCUUUCUUGUCCUCAUGACUUAUAACUGAAAAAACAUCAAACCAAUAACUUUCUCUACUUUCUUUCCAAUUUUGCUCCAAACCUUCACAUGGAAGUUGUUGACCUUCAUUCCUCCAACACCCAUUUAAAGUAGCCAAUAAAAGUUUCCCAGGUUUUUUGUGCAAAAUUCCAAUCUUUGAUAAAAACAAAACCCCUUUCCUCAGUACUAUAAAUAACCAGCAAAUGUGUGACACGUUUUUAUUCAUCAAAACAAGCUCAUUUAUUCACGCUGAGAACUGAGUUUUCCAAGAAAUAAUGGCAUUCUUCACAAGAAGAGAUAAUAGUUUCAGACUUAUUAUCACAAUCUUCAUUAUCUGUCUUCAUUGUGAAAAUCAUCUAGCUUCUUCAGCAGGUUCAUCCACAGGAUUUGUUCAAACCAGAGGAACCCGAUUCAUCUUAAACGGCUCUCCUUUCUUAUUCAAUGGAUUCAACUCUUAUUGGAUGAUGCGAGUUGCUACUCAGCCAAGCCAAAGGUACAAGGUUUCCAAUGUAUAUCGAGAGGCCACGGCUGCAGGACUCACUGUUUGCCGGACGUGGGCAUUCAGUGAUGGUGGCGAUCAGGCCCUUCAGAUGUCUCCUGGAGUAUACGAUGAACGUGUCUUCCAGGCACUUGAUUUUGUGAUAUCCGAAGCAAGAAAGUAUGGUGUGCGGUUAAUCCUUAGUCUGAGCAACAACUACAAAGAUUAUGGAGGAAGGCCUCAGUAUGUGAAAUGGGCAAGAGAUGCCGGGGUGCAUGUCAAUAGUGAUGAUGAUUUCUAUACUAAUAAUGUGGUCAAGACAUAUUACAAGAAUCAUAUCAAAAAAGUGUUAACGAGAAUCAACACAAUCACUCGCAUUGCAUACAAAGAUGAUCCUACUAUCAUGGCUUGGGAACUUAUCAACGAACCUCGUUGCCAACAAGAUUUGUCCGGAAAAACUUUAACGAUUUGGGUUAAAGAAAUGGCGAGCUAUGUUAAGUCACUUGAUAAUAAGCACCUCGUGGAGAUAGGGAUGGAAGGUUUUUAUGGAGACUCAAUGCCAAACAAGAAGCAAUACAACCCAGGAUACCAAGUGGGCACAGAUUUUAUUAGCAACAACCAGAUUAAAGAGGUUGAUUUUACAACCAUUCAUGCAUAUCCUGAUAUUUGGCUAUCCAAGAAGAAUGAUAAUGAACAGAUGAUAUUCAUGAGAAGGUGGAUAACGAGUCAUGGUACAGACUCAAGUACAAUACUGAAAAAACCUUUGAUUUUAACUGAAUUUGGCAAAUCAAGUAAAGAUCCAGGAUACCAACUCAGUGCAAGGGACACAUAUAUGAAUGCAGUUUACCAUAACAUCUAUACCUCGGCAAGAAGUGGAGGACUUGCUGGUGGUUUGGUUUGGCAGAUCCUGGCUGAGAGAAUGGAACCAUUCGAUGAUGGCUAUGAGAUUGUCUUGUCUCAAGAUCCAUCCACUACCCGUAUCAUAGCACAACAGUCACGCCAAAUGGCUUCACUUGAACAUACAAUGAGCAAAUAACGACCAGCAGCACCUCUGGAAGACACAAGCAACAAAUUGCAAAAGAGCUGGAACUGGUCUUCCUUCUUCUUCAUCUUGAGGAAGAAAAAAAACAUUGGAAGCAUGCAACUCUUCUUAGCAGUACAGUCGAUACUUGUAGCAUUGUGAUUUGAGCCUCAUUAUGAUUCAUAAUGAGAGCGAAAGUAGAUCCAACAUUUUCUAAUGAUAUUGAGUAUUCCUACCUUCAGUACUUCUAAUGAUAUUGAAUAUUCCUACCUUCAGUUUCCCAAAGACAGAACAUGCCCAUCUCAAUUCUUGAGUGAGUGAAGAGACAAAUAACUUGCAGAAAAGCCAUCACAUCCGGUUUAGAAACAAAUAUCAAGAGGGUGCAAGGAGAAAUUGCUUGUACUCUUGCUCACUGACUGCUGAUAGUUUAAAACUCAUUAAAACUCCUUACAUGCACAAAUUUUCCCCAAAAAAUAAGUCAUUGAUUUGCUCAUCUGAACUCUUCCAGCAACCUCCUACCAAUCAUUUAUAAUGAAUGUAGGCAAGGCAAAGUGUGAAACAUGUAGAUGCCUGUUCACUAAUUCAAGGGUUAAUGUUUAACACCUCAAUUCACAUUGCUGACCAGGAUGCUUUACUUUUUAACUUAUUCUCCAGAGACCUAUUGGGUGCACAUCUUCAAGGCUUCUUUCGGAAUUAUAAGAAUCAAAGAGCUACAAGAGUUCAGGAACACCCAGCCAGGCAGGUACAAAGGACACUUGAAAAUUACAUUCUUUACAGCAAACCACGAUUAUCUACACUACAACUUAUUCGCCACCAAUUUUGCAUUUUCAACCAGGCAAAGGCAAAAGGGUAGAGCCUUUUGCCCUUAACUUCCUUUCCAAACCAAAAAACUUCAAGCCACACAAAACUAAGUCGGCUGUUUUCUUUUUCAUAUGUUCAAUAAGUAACUCAUCAUAAACAAUCACUUCAGCUUCAGAGAGAAGUUUGACUCCUCUUAAACUUGCAAAAACUUUCCUUGCUUCUUCAAUAGUUCCGUGCUGGCACAUUCCAAAUAUUAUGGCUGAAUAUAUAACAUUAUCAGGAGAGCAGCCAUGUUCUAUCAUUUCAUCAAUAACUUCAAUUACUUUCUGGGCAUCAUUUACCUUACAAACAUGGAUUAUAGUUAGGGUAUACUUAAACUUCAAAGGUCCAUUUACAACAUUAGCUAAGCAGUCGCGAAUCAGCAUCAUGGCAGCAUCGAUCUCCCCAGCUUUGCAAAGGCCAUCUACAAGAGAAGAGUAAGCGGCAACUGAAGGACAUGAGGACAUCUCAAUGAGAGUGUUAUAGCAUAUGCAUGCAUCAUUUACACUGCCACUCUCAACGUAACUUUGUAUGGCAUUACUAUAAGUUACUGUAUCAGGUUCAAGAUUUGAACUCUUAAGUUCAUGAAAGAGUGACAAUGCCUUUCUCACCUCCCCAGUUUUGUUCAAAGCCUCUAUAAGGAUAUUGUAAACUGAAACAAAGAGAUAAUUUUUUAACUUCAAGUGUUCAAACAAAUCUAAAGCCACCAUUAGCGAAGACUUCUCUACCAUAGAAGAGAAAAGUUCAGUUAAAAGAUCCAGAAUAGAAAAAUUCAAACUUUUCAUUUGCUCAAGCAAUCUGCAGAAGUCAUCCAUUCUAUUUGACUCGGCAAAAGAGACCAUUAUAGGCUUGACAGUGCUAAAGUUAGGCUGCAGAUCCUCUUGAAUGGUAACUUGGAAAAGCUUGUAAGCUCUAUCUACCAGUUGUGCACCACAUAAACCCUCAAUGAGAGAGUUAUAUAUUGUCACGUCUGCCCUAUAUCCAGAUUCCAUUAAAUCUUUCAACAUAUCACAAGCUGAACCAACCUUCCCAUUUGCCACAAAUGCCGCAAUCAAUGAUCCGUAGAUAGCCCUAUCUAUCAAGUAGUUACUAUGCUUCAUUUCCUCAAAUAACUGAAAAGCCUUUUCAACUUGAUUCCCUUUGCACAACCCUAUCACUAGAGUUUUAUAAGCCAUAACAUCUGGCUCCACUCCAUCCUUUUGCAUUUCAUCCCAAAUCUUUAAACACCCUUCUAAGUUUCCAUCAGUAGCCAGUAUUUUAACCAUUGCUGUAUAAGCAAAUACAUCUGGUUUGCAUACGUUCUUUCUCAUGCAGCUCAGAAGCUCAAGUACUUCAUCCAUCCGUCCAGACUUGCACAAACCCUUGAUCAAUAUCAUAAAGGUAACACUAUCCUCUCUUAAACCAUCCUCCUUGAAAUCAUUAUAGACACACAAGGCCAAAUCAAGGUGAUCAGUUUUGACAAGGGCAUCCAUUAUUCUGUUGUACAGAAACACCCUUGGUUUAAUGUCAAAUUUCUUCAUUUUCUCAUACACAUAGUACACCCUAAGUCCCCUAUUUGCAUCAGCAUGCAUUCUUAUUAAGAUUUCAAACUGUUGCUCGCUAGGAGCCUUCCCUUGCAUAUGCAUCAAUUCGGGUACCUGGUCAGCCAUCCGAAAUUGGUUCUUCCGGUUCAAGCAAUAGGCAAGGGCAUUGUAGGAAGCGAAAUCAUGCCUAUAACCCUUUUGCUUACCUAUUCAUGUUGACAUAAACGGCAAAAAAAUCUUUAAUAGGAAGACCCAAAAAGGAGAAAACAGAAACCAGUCAUUAAUAACAAAACUCAGUAUACCUAAAAGAGUUUAGUACUCUUAAUGUCCUAAACGGCGUAGGUAGUACAGGCACAGGACUCUGUGGCAUAUGCAAAAUAGAUGGACAUGGUUAUGUACACACAGAAUAGCAGCUUGAGGCACAAAAAAAAAAAAUAAAAAAUGAAGGACCACAAUUCAUGCAUCUUCUCUCAACAGAAUAGAGUAUGAGACCUAAAUAAUGAGCCCGUAUGUGAUAAUCAACACGAAAAUGUCAUAGGCCUCCAUAACAUUUGUCACAUAAACAAUUACAUUUCCAAUUCAACUAAACAAGUCUGACAAUCAUUUGAAUGGUUACAAUUUCCAACAGCAAACAAAACAAGACCCAAAUCCAAAAUGCAAUUGAUACAUACAUGCACAUAGCAAAUUCUUUGAUCAAGAAUAAAAAGCAAAUCAGAAUUUCGUACCAGCCCAGUGGAAGAGCUUAGUGGACAGUCUAGAAUCAAUAUCAGGGACUUUAAGGACCUCCGCCAC